AUGCCUUGGAAGGACCACCUGAAGCGGGCCAAGGACGAGUGGGAUAGCUUGACGUCGCAGUCCCGGCCGGCGCAAGCUCCUGCGGCCAACCAGGCCUACUGGCAGCCUCGAUUUCGGCCUGACGUGCCCGUGGGCGACGAGUGGGAUGCCAAGAUUGGAAACGGCCCCGACGGCUGGGGGAACCAGGAGCUACAGCACUACACGGCUGCUGCCGACAAUUCGUUUCACACGCCCGAAGGCCAUCUCGUGAUCCGCGCCAUCGCCAACAACGCCUCGCCCUCGCCCGAGCAGCGCUACACGUCGGCCCGGCUCGUCAGCCGCAAGACGUUGGCCCGCGACAGAGGCGUGCUGACGGCUGUGCUCGUGGCCCCCUGCGCUGACGGCAUCUGGCCCGCCUUUUGGCUACUGCCCCAAGAGCCCUUCUCGUGGCCCGUCGACGGCGAAAUCGACAUUGCCGAGACGUGGAACGGCGACCGCGAGAACAAGUCGUGCCUGCACUGGGGCUUCCACCACGAGCCGCACAAGCACCGCGUCCUCGGCACAAACAUCCCCGACAUGCACUGCCGCCCCGUGCGCUACGACUUCGCGUGGGACCAGCCCGACGGUCGGCCGGGUCAGGGACGCUUGCUGUGGUACAUUGACGGCCGGCCCGUCAUGAAGGCUGAGAUUCCCGGGGGCACGCGGCCCAUGCGGGACAUGACGGUCUUGCUCAACGUCGCCAUGGGGGGCAACGUGUGUCAGGGCAAGACGCCGGCCGACGGGUCGUACGACUAUGUCGUGCACACGCUCCUCAUGGCGGAUGAGCCCGAGAACGGGGGGUGGAGUCGCUUCCAGCGGGACUGGGAGAGCGACGCCACGCCUUCGGGGAACACAUAUUGA